AUGCUCCUCAACAGCACGGUCCCUCUGUCGGUGGACUUUGUCCGCCCACAGGACUUCCUCAUUUUCAUCUUCCACAUCCUGUUCGCCACCGUCGCCGUGCUGGUGGCCGGCUCGGUAGUCAUCGCGAUCUUAUCCAACCGGUUCCUGCGAGGCCAGAACCGAUUCAUCUUCAUGCUGAACACCAGCAUCAGUGACACUCUGACCGGCUUCUCGGUCUACUACCUCGGCCUCUUCGACGUCCAAGAGGGCUACCCCUCCAGGAACGGAACCUUCUACAUUUUGCCGUCAUUCCUCGGUGUUAAUGUCCUUACCUUCCUUUUCGCUCAGUUUGACCGCUACUUUGCUGUGUGCCACCCUUUCUUUUACAACCGCUACAUAACAAGGCCUGCUGUCAUUUCAGUUUGUGGGUUCUGCUGGAUCUACACCUACUCGAUCCUGACGGCGCAGAACUUAGUUCCCAUCUCAAAGGCGGCCCAGAUGAACGCGUUCGGUGUGAUGACCCUGCAGGUCAUAGUUCUCAUUAAGGUGGUCAUGACGGUCAAGCUGUACAUCAUAGCCAGGAGCCAGCUGGUGAGAGAGGCGCCCAGCGCGGACAGGAACAGCAAGAAGGAGUCUUUGCGCAUCAUUGUGUUUGUGGUCAUAUGUUUCCUGGCUCUGUGGAGCCCGUCCUUUGUUAACAUCAUUGUCCGGCAGCUGACUGGGAAGGGGCUCAGGUUCAGGAAUGAAGCCACCAACCUGUUUGCCACCAUGGCGCGGAUGAACGCGCUGGUCACUCCGGCCGUGUAUCUGUGGGGGAGCCCGGCGCUGCGGGGCGCCGUAUGGAGAACCGUGUGGCAGAAGGUCUGCCCCUGGAGGAAGGGGAGGUAA